AUGAAUCGCUCCUUGUUCCCGCUGUGCGUCCUGGGACUGCUCGCCCUCUCCUCCGCCUGUUACAUCCAGAACUGCCCCCGAGGAGGGAAGCGAGCGCUGCCGGAGAAUGGCAUCAGACAGUGUAUGCCAUGUGGCCCCGGAGACAGGGGCCGCUGCUUUGGCCCCAGUAUCUGCUGUGGAGACGGCCUGGGCUGCCUGCUGGGCUCCUCGGAAACAGCUCACUGUGUGGAGGAGAACUACCUGCUGACCCCCUGCCAGGCAGGAGGGAGACCUUGUGGAGCAGAGGGAGGACGCUGUGCUGCUUCAGGUCUCUGCUGCAACUCAGAGAGCUGUGCUGUGGACACUGACUGUCUGGGUGACUCCGUGGCUUCAGAUCCAGGCCAUGGUUCAGCAGGACGCUCGCCCACAGAGCUGCUGCUCCGCCUGCUGCAUGUGACCAGCAGAGGACAGACUGAGUACUGAUGGAGGCUUCUCUGCUCCUCAGGGGCCACAGAAAUCAACAGAAAUCAAUCCACUAUUCCACUAUAAACCUUGACAUUUCAAACCUUGAACCAAUAAAAUACCAAGUCCCUCUUGACCCCGUUCUGCUGUGCUAAUUUAGUUUGGAGAGCUAACGUCAAACUUAAAACAUUAGACUUUGUGUUUGCUCCCUAACGUAGAAAUGUAUAUACUAAUGCACAUACUGUAAACAAAAAUCAAGUAUGGCAUCGCCAUAAACUCUGUAAAUAAGUCAUACACUGGAGAUUAACACCAGAAACAGACGCCUGUGUAUGACAGGUAAAUAACAAUGAAAAUGAAAGAAACAAUACAGACUGCGUCCUUCUCUGGUUUCUGUUCUGUUUAUCCCCAGCUUGUGUGUAUGUGUAUGUGUGA